AUGGAACUUAGGCUUUCGAGAAUGGAAAAUAUGAAUGUCGAGCUCAAAAGUGACAAUUGGCUGAUGGCAAUACUUAUUUUAGUUGGUUUAAUAUUCCUCUUCAUUUCAGUCCUCAUGCACCUUUAUCUUGCAUAUCUUCUCAUGUUCAGAUGGAAGACAGCAUUUGCACAAAAGUUAUUCAAAUAUCCAGGUGAUAAAGUUGACGAUGCAGAGCCACUGGCCAAAAUUGUUGCUUUAUAUUCUAUCUCAUUUUCAGUUGUUUCAAUUAUUGCCGCUUCAUACUACUUCGCUCGUAUUGGCAGAUACGCUUUACCUUGGGUUGUUUGCGGACUUGGACCAAAAUGCUUUGUUGGUCUCUACGUUUUUGCUGCAUAUCCACAGAACUGGUUAAAUGCAACAAUUUUGUUCACACCUCCAUUAACUGCCUUGGUUUGCCUCCUUCUUUCUUUCAAAUAA